GUUUUCACAAGUGUACAAGAAACCAUCCUAGUUCUCAAUUCACUCUCUCUUUCGGCCGAUUUUUCUUCUUCUCCGGAAACCCUAAAAAGGUUUCUCUUGUUUCGGAGGAUUUGAACAUACAAAAAACUCUCAACCAUGAGUAAGUUAGCGGCUGAUGUUGUGAAGGAAGCAAUUGCUCAGAUUGUUGCUGAGUCUAAAGAGAAGAAUCGUAAUUUUACUGAGACUAUUGAGCUUCAAAUUGGUUUGAAGAAUUAUGAUCCACAAAAGGACAAGCGUUUCAGUGGUUCUGUGAGGCUACCACAUAUCCCUCGUCCUAAGAUGAAGGUUUGCAUGCUUGGGGAUGCUCAGCAUGUUGAAGAGGCUCAGAGUAUAGGUUUAGACCAUAUGGAUGUGGAGGGUUUGAAGAGGCUUAACAAGAACAAGAAAUUGGUCAAGAAGCUUGCUAAGAAAUACCAUGCUUUCCUUGCAUCUGAAGCCGUAAUUAAGCAAAUUCCUCGUCUUCUUGGACCUGGUCUCAACAAGGCAGGAAAAUUCCCAACUCUUGUUACCCAUCAAGAGUCUCUGGAGUCGAAGGUUAAUGAAACCAAGGCCAUGGUCAAGUUUCAAUUAAAAAAGGUACUCUGCAUGGGUGUUGCAGUAGGGAACCUUGGAAUGGAGGAGAGACAAAUCUUCCAGAAUGUGCAACUGAGUGUUAACUUCCUCGUAUCACUAUUGAAAAAGAAUUGGCAAAACGUAAGGUGCUUGUACUUGAAGAGCACAAUGGGAAAGGUGAACCGUGUCUUUUAAGUGGAAGAAACAAGAACUCUGCCACAUUUAUCAGCAAUAUUAUCAAGUUCUCUCUUUUGAGAUAACUUUUCUAGCAGUUGAAUUUAGUUUUGGUUAAAUACUAGCAGAAAAUUUGAAUUAUUAAUUUUUAAAGAUCAGGAUAUGUUUUGGUAUAGUAAUUUUUCUAGUAAGAAUUUUUUGGACCUUUGGUCUUGGGUAUUACUCAAGUGUUCCAGUUUUUGUAAGUCGGUACUGUAUUUCUCUAGCUCUAUAGGAUGAACAGAUGAAGUGUACAAGUACAACUAUACAUUUCUUA